AUGAAGGAAAAGGUCGAAAAAGAAUUGGAACGUUUAAUCAAAGAAGAUAUCAUAUAUGAAGUCGAGAAUAGUGACUGGGCAACCCCGAUUGUUCCUGUACCCAAAACGAAUGGGGAAAUCAGAAUUUGCGGGGAUUUCAAAGUGACGAUCAAUCAGAAAAUUAAAAUCGAUCGUUAUCCAGUUCCGAGAAUUCAGGAUUUAUUGUCGAGUCUAAAUGGGGGAAAAUAUUUUUCGAAAAUAGACUUAUCGCAAGCUUACCAGCAAGUGGAGCUGGACGAUCAAUCGAAACCGCUGGUCACUAUUUCGACUCACAAAGGAUUGUUUAGAUACAAACGACUUUUUUUUGGUGUGGCAUCUGCUCCAGGGUUAUUCCAACGCGAAAUGGAAAAGAUAUUACAAGGUCUUGAAGGCGUUGUGUGUUACUUUGACGAUAUUGAUGAUAAGUGGUAA